AUGUCGGCAUCGAGUACAGCGUCUUCGAGCUCCUCGGCGACAAGCCCUUUACUGCCUGGCGCGGGACCAGGGUCGAGAUUUGGAGAGAGAUCUAGCGGGACUGGGGCAGCUCGGCCUGCCGAUCACGAAAGUGUUGCCACUGGUAGCUCUACAGGCUGGAGAAUGGCUGCUCGUUCGGUGCCGGAUCGCAAACGACGAUUAACAGGCACGGCAGACGAUGCUCGCUUGCAGCGAACACGCUCUGGAAGUGCGGCUGGGCGUGACGGCCACAACAGCAGCUGGGCCCCUCUACCGUACCGGUCUGUCUCGAUGGUGCUGCCCUCGUCCCGGACAAGAUCUUCAGUUUCUGACGUUCCUGGGUCGUCCUACGCAACGGCAAUCGAUAUCGCCUCCUCCCCCCCGGCUGAGUCUGCCCAUGCCCAUGAAGCGCAUGCCAUGCGUUCUAUCCGGGAACCGGGAGGUCCGGGUCAUGAUUCAUCUCGAGAAAUUCACCAGGCUCCUUGGCCUCCAGCCGGGCCUGCUCAACAGCCAGAUGCGCAUAGAGCGCGUGGGGUGCGGUCCUCAGGGAGCUCGUCUGCUCCGAAUCCCGAAUCGUCAGGAUCCUGGUCUUCGUACUACCCGCGUCAGGCUGAGGAGAUACAAGGACACCUGAGCUCCUUGUCACCCCAAGGAGAUGGGGCCUCGUUGACCCAAAGUGGCAGGUAUGAGUCCAUGGAAACGCCUGGGUACCCAAGCGUCAGUCGAAGACAUUUUGUCUCGGGUAUAUUUUCACCAGGAGGAAAUCAUGAAAGGCCUUUGGAGAUGCCUCAAAAUAUCCUGCCAAGGUGGCAACCGGAUUCGGAGGUUGAGAAUUGCCCCAUCUGUGGGAUUGUGUUCAGCUUUUGGUACAGGAAGCAUCACUGUCGGAAGUGCGGGAGAGUCGUGUGUGCCUCGUGCUCUCCCCAUCGAAUCACCAUUCCUAGGCAAUACAUUGUUCGCCCACCUGAAUCAGCCGCAAGUGUCCCAAGCUCACCUCCAAUGGCUGCAUCUCGUAUCCAGCAGGUGAUUGAUCUCACCGGAGACAACUCCGGCCCAUUGCCUCCUACCAUCAAUCCUGCCUUGGGAGGUGGUGAAGAAGUUCGGCUUUGCAAUCCUUGCGUACCAGAUCCCAAUCCCAAUCCUCUUGGGUACUCUUCUCCUCGUCCACAUGGUCAUCGACCUACACACUCACUUUCCUCAACGAUGGGAUCGCACUACUCUAUCGUGGCGCGCGACAAUUCAAACACUCGCCAAGAAAGAAGAACGCUGGGCACCAACGAGCGACCUUCGUUUCUUCGGGACCUCAGCCAGCAAAUUCGCCAAUCUGCCUCCAAUGAAGAAGAGCGACGUCGUUCACGCCGGGCUACAGCCCUUCCCGAUGCAUCUACCCCCGCCACUGGCCUGGUCUUCCAACGCCAGUCCCUGUCUCGCGAGGGCACAAGUGCCCCUUCCUCGCCUUUCCCCCUGCGCCGCCCUGUUGUCUCUGAUCGCGACCUCUGUCCGGUCUGCGGUCGCCGAUUCCCGGCACUGAGUCCGGACCAGCCAACUGAGGCACGAGAGGCGCAUAUACGGUAUUGCAUCGAGAACUACGGAGUGCCUACUGACCAGCAUGCACCUUCGCCUGAACAGCCAGGACCUCCGCUGCCUCAGCCCCCUCCCGUCCCUCGUAUGCUCGAGUUUACUGCCACCGAGAAAGACUGCCUUGGUGAGGAUGGUGAGGUUGCCGAGUGCACAAUUUGCAUGGAGGACUACGAGGUCGGGCACACUCUGGCCCGUCUCGAGUGUCUUUGCAAGUUCCACAAAUCAUGCAUCGUGGGCUGGUUUGCACGCAAGACGGAGUGUCCUGUGCAUAAGGUCACCUAG